ACGGCGCCAAGAUGGCGGCGGGGCGACGAGCGCGGCCCCCUGCGGCGGCGGCGGCCGCCUGAGUCAGCGCGGCCCGGGCUGAGGCGGGGGACGGGGGGCGAAGGCAGGCGGGCACCGCCGGGCGCCCCUCGGGGGCCAUGGCCACGAUGGAGAAGCUGAUGAAGGCCUUCGAGUCGCUGCGCUCCUUCCAGCAGCAGCAGGGGCCGGCCGCCAUCCCUGAGGAGCCGCUGCAGAGACCAAAGAAAGAGCUUUCAACUACCAAGAAAGAUAGAGUGAAUCAUUGCCUGACAAUAUGUGAAAACAUCGUUGCUCAGUCUUUAAGAAAUUCUCCAGAAUUUCAGAAACUGCUGGGGAUUGCUAUGGAAGUCUUUCUCCUCUGCAGUGAGGAUGCAGAAUCUGAUGUCCGGAUGGUUGCUGAUGAAUGCCUUAAUAAAGUUAUUAAAGUUUUGAUGGAUUCCAGUCUCCCUAGGUUACAAUUAGAACUGUAUAAAGAGAUUAAAAAGAAUGGUGCUUCCCGAAGUCUACGUGCUGCACUCUGGAGAUUUGCUGAGCUUGCUCAUCUAGUUCGGCCUCAAAAAUGCAGGCCAUACUUAGUGAACCUUUUGCCCUGUUUAACACGAAUAAGUAAGAGACCUGAAGAAUCAGUACAAGAAACACUAGCUGCAGCAAUACCAAAAAUCAUGGCAGCAUUUGGCAAUUUUGCAAACGACAAUGAGAUUAAGGUUUUAUUGAAGGCUUUCAUAGCUAAUCUCAAAUCCAGUUCCCCUACUAUCCGUCGAACUGCGGCAGGAUCAGCAGUAAGCAUCUGUCAACAUUCACGAAGAAUGCAGUAUUUUUAUGCCUGGUUAUUGAAUGUACUUUUAGGCUUGUUGGUUCCUGUAGAUGAUGAUCAUCCUACUCUUUUAAUUUUGGGUGUUUUACUUACACUAAGGUAUCUCAUACCUUUAUUGCAACAACAAGUAAAGGAUACCAGCCUGAAAGGCAGUUUCGGUGUAACAAGGAAAGAAGCAGAGAUUUCACCUUCACCAGAUCAGCUUGUACAGGUUUAUGAACUGACUCUGCAUUACACUCAGCAUCAGGACCACAACGUUGUGACCGGAGCUUUAGAAUUAUUACAGCAGCUCUUUAGAACACCACCACCUGAACUUCUCCAUGCCCUGACCACUACAGGUGGCAUUGCACAGGUCAGUGUAUCCAAAGAUGAAUCCACCAGCAGGAACCGGAGUGGGAGCAUAGUGGAGCUCAUAGCUGGAGGGGGGUCUUCAUGCAGCCCUGUUCUUGCAAGAAAGCAUAAAGGUAAAAUACUUCUCGGUGAAGAAGAAGGUUUGGAAGAUGAUUCUGAAACCCGAUCAGAUGUCAGUGCUGCAUCAUUUGCAGCUUCUGUGAAGGGCGAGAUUACCAGUGAACUAGCUUCUUCAUCGGGUGUAUCAACAGCUGGGUCAGCAGGGAGUUCAGCUGCUGAUACUACUGGACACGAUAUCAUUACUGAGCAGCCACGCUCUCAACAUACGUUGCAGUCAGACUCUGUAGACCUGACGAGCUGUGAUUUGACAAGUACAGCUACAGAAGGGGAAGAUGAUGAUGUGCUUAGUCGAAGCUCCAGUCAGAUCAGUGCUGUCCAGUCAGAUCCCACUAUGGACUUGAAUGACGGUACACAGGCUUCCUCACCAAUUAGUGAUAGCUCUCAGACUACUACAGAAGGUCCAGACUCAGCUGUAACCCCUUCGGACAGUUCUGAAAUUGUAAGUGUGCAACGGGCAGAGGGGGGAUCCCCUUCAACUGAGGGGCCCGACAUAUCUCAGAGUUCUUCCAUGGAGGGCCCAGACUUGGAUUCCUCUCCUUAUUCGUCUUCUACUUUUCCAUCCUCAGCUAGUAACAAUGGAAAGGUUUUGGAGGGUGCUGAAGGACAAUAUUCUGGAAUGCAAAUUGGGCAGCUGCAAGAUGAGGAAGAUGAAGCUGCAAAUAUUCUCCAGGAUGAUUCAUCAGAGUCUUUCAGAAAUUCUUCUAUGGCUCUUCAGCAGCCUCACAUGUUGAAAACCACGAGCCAUAGUAGGCAGCCUUCUGAUAGCAGUGUUGAUAGAUUUACAUCAAAAGAAGAUGCAGCAGAUCCUGGUGAUCAUGAAAAUAAGCCCUCCAGGAUAAAAGGAGACAUAGGUCACUAUACCGAUGGAAAUUCUGCUCCUCUAGUGCACUGCGUUAGACUUCUGUCAGCCUCUUUUCUACUUACUGGGGAGAAAGGAGCUUUAGUUCCAGAUAGAGAUGUGAGAGUCAGUGUAAAAGCCCUGGCAGUCAGUUGUGUUGGAGCAGCCAUUGCCCUUCACCCUGAGUCUUUCUUCAGCAAACUGUAUAAAACACCUCUUGAAGCAAUGGGAGAAGAGUAUGAGGAGCAGUAUGUAUCAGAUAUUCUGAACUACAUUGACCAUGGAGAUCCCCAGAUUAGAGGAGCUACUGCUAUUCUCUGUGGAACAAUCAUCAACUCUAUUUUACUUAAAUCCCGCUUUGAUGUGGAAAAAUGGCUAAUAAACAUCAGAAGCUCAACAGGAAAUCUCUUUUCCUUGGUAGACUGCAUACCUCUGUUACAGAAAACGCUGAAAGACGAGUCCUCUGUAACAUGCAAACUGGCUUGUACAGCUGUGAGGCAUUGCAUCAUGAGCUUGUGUAGUAGCAGUUACAGUGAACUAGGUUUACAAUUAAUAGUUGACCUCCUUACGCUGAAGAAUAGCUCAUAUUGGCUAGUAAGGACGGAACUUCUGGAAACACUUGCAGAGGUAGAUUUUCGGCUAGUCAACUUCUUGGAAGGAAAAACUGACAGCUUGCACAGAGGUGUUCAUCAUUAUACUGGUCUACUAAAACUGCAGGAAAGAGUGCUCAAUAACGUUGUAAUCUCUCUGCUUGGUGAUGAAGAUCCAAGAGUGCGACAUGUGGCUGCAUCUUCAUUAAUGAGGCUUGUUCCAAAGCUGUUUUAUAACUGUGAUCAAGGACAGGCUGAUCCAGUGGUGGCAGUAGCAAGAGACCAAAGUGGUGUCUACCUGAAGCUACUAAUGCAUGAAACACAGCCUCCAUCUCACUUUGCAGUGAGCACUAUCACCAGAACAUAUAGAGGCUACAAUAUGCUGCAAAGUCCAACAGAUGUCACUAUGGAAAACAAUCUUUCAAGGGUUGUUGCAGCAAUUUCCCAUGCAUUGACAAUAUCCACUACAAGAGCACUUACAUUUGGCUGCUGUGAAGCUCUGUGUCUUCUCUCCACAACGUUUCCAGUCUGUACCUGGACUGUGGGAUGGCACUGUGGCGUAUCCCAGCCAAAUCCUUCAGAUGAAGCUCAGAAGGGCUGCGCUAUUGGAAUGGCCGGCAUGGUCCUCUCUCUUCUUUCAUCAGCAUGGUUCCCAUUGGACCUUUCUGCCCAUCAGGAUGCUUUAAUUUUGACUGGAAAUUUGCUUGCAGCAAGUGCUCCUAAGUGCUUAAAGAAUCCCUGGAGUGCUGAAGAAGAUUCAAACCAAGGUGCUGCAAAACAGGAGGAACCGUGGCCGGCUCUGGCAGAUCGAACUCUUGUUACUUUGGUAGAACAACUCUUCUCUCAUCUGCUGAAGGUCAUUAAUAUUUGUGCCCAUGUAAUGGAUGAUGUUGCUCCUGGCCCAGCAGUAAAGGCAGCAUUACCUUCUCUCACAAACCCACCUUCUCUUAGUCCAAUUCGGAGGAAGGGGAAGGAGAGGGAGCCUGUAGAGCAGGCUUCUGUGCCAAUGAGCCCUAAGAAGGGUGGUGAAACUAGUCCAGCUACUAGGCAAACUGAUGCUAGUGGGCCUGUUCCAACAAGUAAAUCAUCUUCAGUAGGAAGCUUUUAUCAUCUUCCAUCAUAUCUGAAGUUAUAUGAUGUCUUGAAAGCGACUCAUGCUAAUUAUAAGGUUACUUUGGAUCUCCAAAACAGUAAUGAAAAGUUUGGAUGCUUCUUGAGGUCUGCCUUAGAUGUUCUGUCACAGAUCUUGGAACUUGCAACUCUUCAAGACAUUGGAAAGUGUGUGGAAGAAAUUUUGGGAUAUCUGAAAUCAUGUUUCAACAGAGAACCAACUAUGGCCACAGUUUGUGUACAGCAGUUACUGAAAACAUUAUUUGGGACAAAUCUGGCUUCUCAGUGUGAUGGCUUGUCUUCAAACACGAGCAAAGCUCAAGGCAAAGCUCAGCGCUUAGGUUCUUCCAAUCUGAGACCUGGUCUCUAUCACUAUUGCUUCAUGGCACCGUAUACACAUUUUACACAGGCGCUUGCUGAUGCUAGUCUGAGGAACAUGGUUCAGGCUGAGCAAGAACACGAUGCUUCAGGAUGGUUUGAUGUGCUGCAGAAAGUUUCUACGCAGCUGAAAACUAGCAUUAGCAGUGCAGCAAAACACCGUGCUGAUAAGAAUGCUAUUCACAAUCACAUUCGUUUAUUUGAACCCCUUGUCAUAAAAGCAUUGAAACAAUACACUACGACAACAUCGGUACAGCUGCAGAGACAAGUUUUAGACUUGCUUGCUCAACUGGUUCAGCUACGAGUUAACUACUGUCUUCUGGAUUCAGAUCAGGUGUUCAUUGGAUUUGUGCUAAAGCAGUUUGAGUACAUUGAAGUCGGACAGUUCAGGGAGUCUGAAGCAAUUAUUCCUAAUAUCUUUUUUUUUCUGGUGUUGCUGUCUUACGAGCGGUAUCAUUCCAAACAGAUAAUUGGAAUUCCUAAGAUCAUUCAGCUGUGUGAUGGAAUCAUGGCCAGCGGGAGGAAAGCUGUUACACAUGCAAUACCAGCUCUGCAGCCCAUCGUUCACGAUCUCUUUGUGUUAAGAGGGACGAAUAAAGCUGAUGCUGGAAAAGAGUUGGAAACACAAAAGGAGGUGGUAGUGUCGAUGCUGCUGAGACUUAUUCAGUAUCAUCAGGUGCUGGAAAUGUUCAUCUUAGUGUUGCAGCAGUGUCAUAAAGAAAAUGAAGACAAAUGGAAAAGAUUGUCCCGGCAAAUAGCUGACAUUAUUCUCCCAAUGCUUGCAAAACAACAGAUGCAUAUAGAUUCUCAUGAUGCCCUUGGAGUAUUGAACACUUUGUUUGAAAUUUUGGCUCCUUCUUCCCUUCGCCCUGUGGACAUGCUUUUAAGGAGUAUGUUUGUUACCCCUAAAACAAUGGCAUCAGUGAGCACUGUUCAGCUAUGGAUUUCUGGAAUUUUAGCUAUCCUUAGAGUUCUGAUUUCACAGUCCACAGAAGACAUAGUUCUAUCCCGUAUUCAGGAGCUUUCUUUCUCGCCAUAUUUGAUUUCGUGUCAAGCAAUUAACAGACUGAGACGUGGAGAAAAUAGUGUAUCCACACCAGAGGAUCGUGCUGAGGUUAAACAGGCUAAAUAUCUGCCUGAAGAGACAUUUUCUAGGUUCUUAUUACAACUGGUUGGUAUUCUGCUGGAAGAUAUUGUCACCAAACAGUUGAAAGUGGAUAUGAAUGAGCAGCAGCAUACUUUCUACUGCCAGGAGCUGGGCACACUGCUUAUGUGCUUAAUACAUAUCUUCAAAUCAGGAAUGUUCAGAAGAAUCACAGCUGCAGCCACCAGGCUUUUUACAGGAGAUGGAUCCGAUGGUAGUUUCUAUACCCUUGAAAGUUUGAGUGACCUUGUUCAGUCCAUGAUUCCCACACAUCCUUCUUUAGUUCUUCUCUGGUGUCAGAUCCUGCUUCUUGUCAAUUACACCAACUACAACUGGUGGUCAGAAGUGCAUCAAACUCCAAAGAGACACAGUCUGUCUACUACUAAAUUACUUAGCCCUCAGAUAUGUGGAGACAGUGAUGAAUCAGAUUCAGAGUCUAAACGCGGCAUGUGCAAUCGAGAGAUAGUGAGAAGAGGAGCACUCAUUCUUUUCUGUGACUAUGUUUGUCAAAACCUACAUGAUUCAGAACACUUGACCUGGCUUAUUGUGAAUCAUGUUCAAGACUUGAUUAAUCUGUCCCAUGAGCCUCCAGUACAAGACUUCAUUAGCGCUGUUCACAGGAAUUCAGCAGCCAGUGGUCUCUUUAUCCAGGCCAUUCAAUCACGGUGUGAGAACCUUGCAGCUCCUACAACUCUGAAGAAGACUUUACAGUGCUUAGAGGGGAUACAUCUCAGCCAGUCUGGGGCUGUCUUAACAUUGUAUAUUGAUAAGCUUCUGUGUACUCCAUUCCGUGUGCUUGCUCGCAUGGUUGACACACUAGCUUGCCGUCGGGUAGAAAUGCUUUUGGCUGCAACUUUACAGAACAGCAUUACUCAGUUACCAGUUGAAGAACUGGAUAGAAUUCAGGAAUACCUUCAAAACAGUGGAUUAGCAACAAGACACCAAAGACUUUACUCGCUCUUGGAUAGGUUUCGACUUAUGGUAGCACCAGACACAACUAGUCCUUCACCUGUGGUUACCUCACACCCACUAGAUGGAGAAGGCCAACCAGCUUUGGAGAAUGUAAUUCUAGACAAAGACUGGUAUGUGUCACUAGUGAGGUCGCAGUGUUGCAUCAAGUCAGACUCAGCACUACUAGAAGGUGCAGAACUGGUAAAUAAGAUUCCUCAGCCUGACUUGAACUCCUUCAUGACCUGCAAGGAAUUCAACCUAAGCUUGUUAGCGCCUUGUUUAAGCCUUGGUAUGAAUGAAAUCUCAAGAGACCAGAAGAGUAGCCUCUUCGAAACAUCUCGGAGGGUAACUCUGGAUCAUGUGUCUACCACUGUACUAAACCUUCCUGCCAACCACCAGGUUUUCCAACCAGUAUUGCCAACUGAGCCAUCAGCCUACUGGAAAAAGCUAAGCGAUAUCUUUGGAGAUGAGGUGAUCUAUCGGUCAGUGAUGACACUUUGUCGUGCUCUGGCUCAGUAUUUGUUGUUACUCUCAAAACUACCAACUGGUCUCCGUGUUCCUCCUGAUAAAGAGGAUGAUAUCCUGAAAUUUGUGGUUAUGUCAGUAGAGGCAUUAUCAUGGCGUUUAAUGCAUGACCAGCUUCCACUAAGUAUAGAUCUUCAAGCUGCUCUGGAUUGUUGCUGUUUGACAUUACAGCAGCCUAACCUCUGGAACUUGUUGGCUUCUGCAGUUAAUGUAACAUAUGCUUGCUCCUUAAUUAACUGCAUUAGGUUUAUUAUAGAAGCAGUUGCAGUUGAACCUGGAAAUCAACUUCUUAGUCCUGAAAGAAAGAAGAAUACUUCAAAAGGCUUAAAUGAGGAUGAAGUUGAUUCAAACACACAGAAAAAUAAACACAUUACUGCAGCUUGUGAAAUGGUAGCUGAGAUGGUGGAAUGUUUACAGACUGUCCUGGCUUUGGGGCAUCAAAGAAACAGCAGUAUCCCAGCGUUUCUGACUCCUGUCCUCAAGAAUAUCAUCAUCAGUUUAGCAAGGCUGCCUCUAGUGAACAGUUACACAAGAGUGCCUCCCUUGGUCUGGAAAUUAGGCUGGUCGCCAAAGCCUGCAGGUGACUUUGGCACAGUUUUUCCUGAAAUCCCAGUUGAGUUUCUUCAAGAAAAAGAAAUCUUUAAAGAGUUCAUCUAUCGCAUUAAUACACUUGGAUGGAUCAGCCGUACCCAGUUUGAGGAGACAUGGGCUACUUUGCUUGGUGUACUUGUCACUCAGCCUAUUGUAAUGGACCAAGAAGAGAGCCAACAAGAGGAAGAUACAGAGAGGACCCAAAUUAAUGUUCUUGCAGUACAAGCCAUAACUUCCUUGGUGCUGAGUGCAAUGACAAUACCUGUUGCAGGCAAUCCAGCAGUCAGCUGUUUGGAACAGCAGCCCCGCAACAAAGCUUUAAAAGCUCUGGACACAAGGUUUGGGAGAAAGCUAAGUGUUAUCAGGGGAAUUGUUGAACAAGAAAUCCAAGCAAUGGUAUCUAAGAGAGAUAAUAUUGCUACUCAUCACUUAUAUCAAGCUUGGGACCCCGUUCCAUCACUUUCUCCUGCUACUACAGGUGCUCUUAUCAGCCAUGAAAAACUCUUACUGCAGAUCAAUACUGAACGAGAAAUAGGAGAUAUGGACUAUAAACUGGGACAGGUCUCUAUACACUCCAUAUGGUUAGGAAAUAAUAUCACUCCACUGAGAGAAGAAGAGUGGGGUGAGGAUGAAGAAGAUGAGAAUGACAUACCUGCUCCUUCUUCACCACCAACCUCUCCUAUUAAUACCAGGAAGCAUCGGGCUGGUGUAGAUAUACAUUCUUGUUCUCAGUUCUUGCUUGAGCUAUAUAGUCAAUGGAUACUGCCGUCAAACCCUAGCAAGAGAACACCAGUCAUUUUGAUUAGUGAAGUGGUGCGAUCACUUCUGGCAGUAUCAGACUUAUUUACAGAAAGGAAUCAGUUUGAGAUGAUGUACACGACAUUGACAGAAUUGCGAAAGGUGCAUCCAUCAGAAGAUGAGAUUCUUGUACAGUAUUUGAUACCAGCCACUUGUAAAGCUGCUGCUGUUCUUGGAAUGGAUAAAGCUGUGGCUGAACCAGUAAGUCGACUGCUGGAAUCCACUCUAAGAAGUACCCACAUGCCAAGUCGAAUUGGAGCUCUGCAUGGAGUUCUUUAUAUCCUCGAGUGUGACUUGCUUGAUGAGACAGCGAAGCAGCUCAUUCCAAUUAUCAGCGAUUAUUUGCUCUCCAAUUUGAGAGGAGUAGCACAUUGUGUGAACGUCCAUAACCAACAGCACAUCUUAGUAAUGUGUGCAGCUGCAUUCUAUUUGAUAGAGAAUUAUCCACUUGAUGUAGGUCCUGAAUUCUCUGCAGGAAUUAUACAGAUGUGUGGAGUCAUGGUGUCUGGAAGUGACGAAUCAACGCCAUCCAUUAUUUAUCAUUGUGUCCUGAGAGGAUUGGAACGACUCCUCCUUUCAGAGCAACUUUCUAGGCUGGAUAGUGAAUCUCUCGUUAAACUGAGUGUUGACAGAGUGAAUGUGCAGAGCCCCCACAGAGCGAUGGCAGCGCUUGGGUUAAUGCUGACUUGCAUGUACACAGGAAAGGAAAAAAUCAGCCCCAGUCGUUCCACAGAUGCAAAUCCUGCGGCCCCUGACAGUGAAUCUGUGAUUGUGGCUAUGGAACGCGUAUCUGUCCUUUUUGAUAGGAUCAGGAAGGGAUUUCCUUUUGAAGCUAGAGUAGUGGCCCGGAUCCUUCCACAGUUCCUUGAUGACUUUUUCCCCCCGCAAGACGUAAUGAAUAAAGUUAUUGGAGAAUUUUUAUCCAAUCAGCAGCCUUACCCGCAAUUUAUGGCAACAGUAGUUUAUAAGGUAUUCCAGACACUACAUACCACCGGACAGUCCUCAAUGGUCCGUGACUGGGUGAUGCUGUCUCUGUCUAAUUUCACACAAAGAACACCAGUGGCAAUGGCCAUGUGGAGUCUUUCCUGUUUUUUUGUCAGUGCUUCCACCAGUCAAUGGAUUUCAGCGAUUCUUCCACAUAUUAUCAGCAGAAUGGGAAAACUGGAGCAAGUGGAUGUUAACAUCUUCUGUCUGGUGGCCAUAGACUUCUACCGACAUCAGAUAGAUGAAGAAUUAGAUCGGAGGGCCUUUCAGUCAGUGUUUGAGGUGGUAGCAUCACCAGGAACGCCGUAUCAUCGCCUACUAACUUGUUUGCAAAAUGUCCACAAGGUCACAGCAUGUUGAACGUCCUGAUGCAUAUUGGAGUUGCAUGACUAGUGUUGGAAUCUGAUACGAAUUAUGGGGAAUGCAAGAUCGAGAAAUGUCUGGGGUUGCAUUUGUGAUAAAUAUGGCCAGUUUUUACUUCCAGAAUGCAUGGAGAAGUGCUCUGCAGCACUGGAAAUCACCUGAAAAGCAUAGUGUACUUUUUGUUGUUGUUGUUGACACCAAGCACCUGUGGGUGGGAAGAUUUAAGGGAUGUUUGGGACUAACCUGAGACAGAUUUACUAACUAUAAAAUAUGAGCAAGUACUAUGUGCAAAGUAACUGUUAGUACUCUUCUUCCUAAUGUUCAGCUGAAGUCACUGUGUUGCAGCUGGUAAGAAACUGACAGAAACACUCUAUUAUUGUAAGCUGCAGUCAUUAGAAAACUUCAUAGUUUUACGUACAUGUAUAUACUGUUGUGGAGUACAGAAUAGAAAUCGUUUCCCAAUGUCUAUCCCAAACAAGGAAAAGAGAAAAUGGCUUUCAUGAGUUACACUUCCAGCAUGUAAUUCCUCUCUGGACUUUCUUAUACCCUGUGGUGUAUGUGUUGGUGGUAUCGGAGAUGUAGUGCACAUACAUAACCACACUUUUUUUCUUUUUUCUUCUCAGGAUUUAAAUUUUGAGUACGGUAUAUCAGUAAAAGAAAUUUUAACUUAAAUAUUUCUAUUUCUAUAUCAUGUACAGUAUGUAAAAUUGUAAGAUGUGUGAUGCAUGAGCUGUGCUGUAAUUUGAGAUGAACAGAAGCCACGCUACUGAAUGUUUUGACAUCUGUACUGUCCUCAUUUUUUUCCUCGUGCUCAAAUUUAUGUUCCUUUUGAAAAUCCAUCUUAAUGUACAGAUUACAUCUUGUUUUGCAUCUCAUUUUUUUCUUAAAGUGCUUUAAAACUGGAAUAUGUUGAUUUAAUUUGUCUUGAGAGACUGGAUUAAGGAGGCGUUCUUGUGGUCCACUUGUAGCUUCUUUUCAAUUCCUUCAUUUUCAGAUGUAAUGGUGAAAGAGAGGACUAGUUAUUUCGGAUCAGCCUUUUGUAUACUUAAGAAACUGCUCUUAUCUGCUGCACAACAUUUUAAGAGACAACGGUGCAAGCUCCCCAGUAGUCAAUAACCAUUUGACAUUUCCUAAAUGAGACCAUGGAGUCAUCUCGAUUCAAACCACUCUUACUUUAAACAAAUCUAUGCUAGCAGUUGAGAAUCGGAAGGCUGCUGUGGUCUACUUUGGGACUGGCUAAGGUGUUAGAUUACACAACCUCUUUUAUUACCUGUUGUAUACAUAAUGCUUUAGACACACAGUACAAAUAUCCAUGAAUUUUAGAACACUCCACAGGGCCAGAUUUACCUUUUGCUUACCACACAGGGAACCCCAUUGAUUCGUAAGCAUUACAUGGGGAAAAUCUAGCAUAGCCUUUGUCUUUAGUUGUAUUUGCUUUAAUUCUUGACUUAUAGAAAAAUGAUAGCUGGGUUCUCAGUCACGUCCUAUAUUUAACCUCUCUUCAUUUUAUUAUCACACCUUUUGGUGACACUUGGAAAAACAAAAUAGUGUUGUCAGGAGGAGCAUGUACUUGUAUGUAUUUCUGUAUAUAAUGUAUAUGUUGAAAUUAUACACGUGACAACAUUUAAUGUAUACAGAUGUGUAUAUUUGUAUUUAUUAAACCCAUGUAUUUAAACUAAUUCCAAUUUAGACCAAAAAUUGUUGCUUCUGCCCAUUAAUUGAUUUAAAAGGAAUUGUCCACUGGGGUCACUUCCUCUUAGGUAGACAAAAACUGAUAACAUGGGCAGUAGAAACAACUGUAGACAUUGCUGUAUUUAGCUCUCUACAAAUCUUACUAUCUGGAGCAAUUAUUUCUGCCCUUAGUUGGGUUACUUUUCUUUCUUGGGCCACAGCACUGUGGUGAUUUUUAAAAGAAACUGAACACGAGUUCAGAAAAAGAUUUAAUAAAUAGAUACUGUUUGAAAGUUUUGAGUUACAUUGGAAAUUAUCAUAAUUCUGAUAGGAGACUGAUCCAAGGCAGUGAGAUAUAAUACCCUGUGCUUUCAUGAAGGGUAGUAUAGAUCACUCUUCCCUUUUGUAACCACCAAUAAUCGUUUUGUACUGUAAACCCCCACACCAGUCAGUUUUUGUAUGAUAUAUAGUUUAAGUGAAGAUAUUUUUGUAAGCUAUUUUCCAAAAUUUAAAAUAGAUUUUAAUAUAUUUUUUAAGCAUCAGGUUAGUCAUAUCCUCACCAACAGUAUACGUUGUGUUACAAACUGUUAAAUUCUUCAUAAUUUUAAGCUCCUCAUGAUUAACACAGACUAGUUGAUUACCUUGGCAUAAUGGGAGCUAGCCCCUGAAUAAAACGUUCCAAACCAACCCAUUUGGGACUUGCCAUAGAAUCUUUCCAACCACUGAAAGGAGUACAUUGAGCAUCUGAUGUGACAAAGCCCCUUUUCCUCAAAUGGCCUUUAGGCAAGUACUUGCAUUACCCAGCUCUAGAUGAGCUUUAGAGCCGAUGCAGUCAGUUCUAACCUCGCAAGGAUUCACUGCUAGUAAUAACUUCCUUUGUUUUAACCUCUCUUGGAGAUUUGUCGUAGUAUACCUCCUGAACCGUGUUUCCAAAGUGUCUAAAGAACAGCACCUCCUUUUAGAAAUUCCCAGUGACCUGUAGGGAAUGUAACUUAAGGGUCUUCCUAGUGUGGGAACACACACCUGUAGUGCUUCAAAUCUAGCAUUUCACCUGCGGCACGCUUUUCUGUCUACUUCCUCUAGUUGCUUUCCCCACCCUCCCUUUCCUUGGAGUGAAAUCCUACUUAAAAUCACUCCUCCCUGCUUCUAGUGACAGGAGCCGAUAGAUCUGUGGUGGGGACUGCAGCAGCAGAACAAGGGCCACUAAGAAAUACUGGUGUUGGGUUUAAAGAGGGAAAACAAAAAAGCGCUUGUCCCUUGAGAUUGAUUUAAGGUGAAGCUUUAUUUCACAGACUGCUUUUAACUUGCUGUAGACAGCAAGCUACUUCUGAAAACCGGGCUGUUCAGUAUUUCAUUUGUUUGGCCUUAAGACUUGCAUUUGCUGUGCUGGCUAACCAAAGCAAAGAAUUCCUUCAGUGUGCUCUGCACUGAAACGGACUUCUUUACCCCCUUACAAGAUUAGACAUACAGUGUAAAUGGGAGCAUACUUGAGAAAAAGACUCAGUGAAAAGACAGAUGAAUGUUUAAAAUGUCAUUUACAACAAGAGUCAUCAAAGAAUCUACUCAAUCCAUCGUGUGGCCCUCCUUUAAGAGCUUUUUAUAUUAGCCCACUUUCUACAAGCUCUUGGGCCAGCUACUCCCUAUUCCAUUAAAGUUUGGUUUUAUUCAGCAUGCCCCAUCCCUUGCACUGACUGCAAGAGGAGCUGGAAACUACAAAACAUUGUAAAUCAGUUCUUACUGGGGGGAUUUGAAGUAGUCUCUUUACUGCUUAUGCUCUUUGCCAGUUGAAACUGAAUGUGAGUUUAUUUAAAUCUCUUGAGUAUACACUCAGAUGUCAUUUCUUCCCUAAAGCAUUUAGUAAAUGAUUGUGUUUUACUUUUGCUUUGGUCGGAAUGGCUUCUCAGUACCAAGAAGUUGCUUGUUGCCUAAAAGACAUCAGCUAUCCGUAAGCACUGAGUAAUACAUGAACGGAUAUUGAUCAAAUGAAGUGGGGAAUGAGUGUAACCUUUUGGGUUGAAAGUAAUUUGUUGAUACUUAGUAGUUUUGCUUUAAGAGCAUUCUGUCUUGCCAUUCCCCUUUUUAAAUGGCUGUUAACUUUAUAUAGCAGAUAAGGAGGUUGUGUCAGAAACACUGCAAAGACAGUUCUCCAAGAGCAGCAGACCUCUUUUUUUGUCUUACAGUUUUGUGGAGCUGUAAUAGCUAAGCAUUUACGCUUCCUAAAAUAAAAGAAAACUUUAGGGUAUAACGAGCAAUAAAUAUAGCAAUAAGCAGUCUAAUUAAAUUUGGUCAUUCAGGAUCUUACCCAGUGGUUGAAAGGGAUGGGGUGGGAGUAAAAAGGGGACUGGUUCAAGUAUGUCCAUUGAAUAAGGCAGACUUUUUCAUGUACAAUCCCAACUAAAUUUUGCACUAAUGAUAGAAAUCAACUAUGUGACAAUGAUAGGUGCUUUGCUCUUUUAUUUUUAAAACAACUUUGGUUAAAAGGAUGCAGUUGGUGAAAGUUAUAAAGGAGCAAAGUACUUUUGUAGUUUUUAGAUAGCUUCCUUAUUUUAAAGUCAAAAAAAAAAAAAAAAGCAAGCUGCUGUAAGAACUAGAGUAAGCAAUGUAGCAAAAUUAUGGGGAAGUUCAAUACGCUAAUCUUACCUAACGCUGAGAUUUCAGGUGAACUCUUUGUGCAUGCUACCUUGAAGUAUCCAUUGAAAAUCUUGAGAAUCCCACAGUCGUACCCAGGAGAGCUUCUACAGUAUGUCAAGUUUAGCUGUGUUCACGUUAACUGGGUAUAAAUGCUGCAGAGCAUUCGUGACGCAUGCGCUGCUUUUUGUCAUGUGCAUUUUGUGUGAGCUUAUCAUUCACAUCAGUCUGUGUGUGCAUACCAUCGAGUCGGAUCAACCUGACGAAGGACAAGGUAAAGGCAUGUGAUGCGCAGCACCCUGUGGUGUUGUCUUAUUUAGCUUGAGGGCAAUGAGAAGCAAAAGCUUGGAGCCCCAACCCAAAAAGCAAUUGUACUCAAAGUAAAAAGAAAGCGUAUAAUUUUAGAUGUAUGUUUAAGUUUAAAAAAAAUGCUGAAAAUACUGCAAUUUGAAACUAAAAGAGAAAAUAAAAUAUAACUAUUGCUGUAAGACA